ACGCCAAGCCAUGAAGGCACAACUUAUCCAGAUUCUUGAAGCUAGACUUAUAAGUGAGGGAUAUACAGCUGAGUUCAUGGAUAUAAUUACAUCUCGCUUGAAAGAAGAAUUGAAAAGACACUCAUCUGGACGAUUCAACAAAGAUGAUCGUAAUAAAAUUGCCGAUGAUAUUUGGAAUCGGUUACGGCGACUUGCAGGCGACAAGAAUAAUGUGUCAUCGGUUGAAACAAGAAUUAAAUCAGAAGUGAAAGAAGUUUAUGCAAAUGUAAAAAUGGUUUAUCAUAAAUUCAUAUCUUAUGUUACGUCAAACAUGUCAAGUCAAAUAGAUAAUCUCUUUACGCAAUUCAGUACACACUCUGUAUGGAAUGAAAUUAAAAAAUACGAGGAAGAGCUCCAGGGAUUGGCCGAUUUAAUACUAAAGGAAAAAAAUGCUGUUAAAUUUGAAAGUG